AUGUCUUGGGAACGACCAACAUCAGUCCCGUACCCAAAUGUUUGGUGGACAUUCGAAGCACCGGAUCCGGAUCGAGAUGACGGUGGAUUAGCGACGUACAGGGUGGAGGACCUCACGGAGGAUCGCUUCGAAGACGCCAUUAAACUGUAUACGGAAAAUUUCCUCGACGAUGAACCGCUUUGCCAAUACGGUAAGAUUCGACAUUGCCCGGUAGCAUAUGAAGAGAUUGUCGGUUUUUGGAACUACUGCUUGAACGAACGGAUUACGGUCGCAUGCUACAAGGAGGGUUCGAAGGAGCUUGUCGGUGCCAAUCUCCUCUCUGUAAACCAAGUCAACAGAAAAGUGGAUUUUAGUAAAUUCAUACGUUCCGAAAGAAUUAUAAAGCUUGUCGCAGUAAAUGACUACAUGACCGAUACAACGAACCUCUUCGAGCGCUACAACGUGGACAACUACCUAACGGCGUAUGGUUUGAGUGUCAACAGUCGAUACCGUGGUCGGGGGAUUGCCACAGAGAUUCUCAAAGCCCGUGUUCCUAUUUGCAAAGCAUUUGGACUACGGCUUACCAGCACCAACUUUACAGCAAUCGGCUCGCAAGUACCAGCCGCAAAGGUUGGCUUCAAAACGGACCUAGAAAUGCGAUACGACGAAUUCGUGAAAGUAGACCCUAGCUAUACAUUCGAUGGCAUUAAGGGAACAAGCAUCAAGCUCAUGAGUUUAGUGAUCGAAUGA